AUGGCUCAAAGUAAAGGAAAUUAUUCAAUUGCAAUUCUCUUAGGUCUAUUUUUUAUUUCCUUAACUACUGCAGCAGUAGCUGCUGCUAUAAAUGAUCAAAACGAUGAUAUUAAGGAUGAUGACGAAGACGGCAUCUCUAAACGCUAUUCUAAUACAUGGAUUGUUAAAAUACCUGGUGGUAGGAAAAGAGCCGAUGAAGUAGCGCAUAAAUUGGGCUAUACCAAUCUUGGCCGGAUUUCCGAUUUAGACCUAUACAACUUUAGGCACGAUGACGUUCCAAGGCGAUCAAAACGUGCUAUUCAUGAUCGAACAAGACGGCUAGCUGAAGAUGAUAAUGUAGAGUGGGUAGAGCAAGAACUCAUCAAAUAUCGAUAUAAGCGCAAUGCUGAUUUGGAAUUUAAUGAUUACCUCUGGCCGAAACAAUGGUAUCUUCAUGACAAAAGAGAUGCUCGAUUUGACAUUAAUGUCCUUCCCGUCUGGCAGAAAAAUAUCACUGGAAAAGGGGUCGUAGUGACCAUAUUGGAUGAUGGUCUUGAACAUUCACACCCUGACAUUAAAUAUAGCUACGAUCCUGAAGCAAGUUAUGAUUAUAAUGAUUAUGAUAAUGAUCCAGAGCCAAGAUAUGACAGUCGAAGUUCUAAUAGACACGGUACACGUUGUGCGGGUGAAAUUACCAUGAAACCUAAUAAUAAAAUGUGUGGUGUAGGUGUCGCUUUUGGAGCUAGAAUUGGAGGAAUUCGAAUGUUAGAUGGUUCUAUUACUGAUGGUGUUGAAGCUUCAUCAUUGGGCCAUAAUAUGCAACAUGUCGAUAUCUAUAGUGCAAGCUGGGGACCUAAUGAUAAUGGUAGGACUGUCGAUGGCCCAGGUGAUAUUGUUAUGAAAAUCCUUAGAAAAGGAGUAACAAAGGGACGUGGAGGUUUAGGAUCAAUUUACGCCUGGGCAUCUGGUAACGGAGGAAGACGUGGUGAUAACUGUAACUGUGAUGGCUACGUUAAUAGCAUUUACACCAUUGCUGUUAGCUCUGCUUCUUAUAAUGGAACUCCACCUUGGUAUGCAGAAGAUUGUACACCAGCUUUAGCUUCUACUUACAGUAGUGGUGCUGAUGCACUAAAGAAAGUGGCUUCUAUCGAUUUACGAGGUGGAUGUACUACUAGCCAUACUGGCACUUCAGCUUCAGCACCUAUGGCUGCUGGUAUCUAUGCUCUCGUUUUAGAAGCAAAUCCUAACCUGACAUGGCGAGAUGUUCAACAUGCUACCGUUUGGACAUCGAAUCGUAAAAAUUUAACGAAAAGUGGUUGGGCGAGAAAUGGCGCAUCACGCUUGUACCAUCAUAAAUUUGGCUUUGGAAUAUUAGAUGCAGCAGCAUUAGUUGAUAUUGUUGAUCCUAAGGUAUGGAAAACCGUACCUGAGCAAAAGUUUUGUCCUUUGACAGCUGAUAAAAUAGAAAGAGAAAUCUCCAGUGAAGGAAUUGUACGAAUCCAAAUUAAAAGUCAUGGAUGCCAGGACUCCAAAGAUAGUAUUAAUUAUUUGGAACAUGUUCAACUCAUAUCUACAAUUGAUUUUUCGCGGCGUGGAGAUUUAGACAUUACUCUAAUCUCGCCAAGUGGUACAAGAUCGAAUUUAUUAAGUAGAAGACUUCGUGAUUCAUCCGCAUCUGGAUUUAACAGUUGGCCAUUUAUGUCAACUCAUUUCUGGGGUGAAAAUCCAAGAGGUACUUGGACCGUUGAAAUUAAAAAUGUCGGCAUGACGAAUGAACACGGUUUCGUUCGAGAAACCAUGUUAGUAUUUUAUGGAACAGAAACUAUGCCUGAUGUUAUGCGUCGUGUUUUAUCGAAAGAUGAUGUGAAAUUAACUAGUAAUCAUCAGUCAUCACAAAGUCAUCAUGGUGAGGUAAUGAAAGGAAAAAUUCAUGAGGAAGGUCAUUUUGGAUCUAAUUUGAAUCAAGCUGAACAUAAUAGCAAUAUCAACGAACACAUCUUCGAUAAACAUGAGGGUAAUAGAUAUGACCAUCUCGAAAAGAACGACGUUCACCCAUUGCAUCGAUCUUUCCAUAAGAAAUAUUCAGGUGAUUCUGAUAUGCCAGCACAUCUUUUACGAUACUAUGCCCAAAUAUUAAAGCGAAAAAAUAGAAACAACUAUUCAAAGCGAUCAAAGUUGUACCGUUAUCAGCGUGAUUUUUAA